AUGGACAAGAAAACCACGCCAACUUCUGAAAAGGCCAAAGAGCCAGAGAAGAUGGAAGUAGAACAGGAGGUAUGGUUAAUAUUGUGUCGAAUUUUAGGUAUUAAACCUCCCAUAAAUGUCUUCUUAUUGUUUUAGACUUGUAAAGCAAUGUCUUUAGCACCUUUAAUGUUAACAAACAUCGCUUCAUUUGCUUUCUUUAAUUUUUUAUAAUGAUUUAUAUUGUUUUAGGAGCAAGUGGACGAGGAAGUUUUAAGAAUGACAGCCGACGAUCUCAAGUCUCGAAUCCAGUUGUUGGACAGUGAUGUUAGAAUUAUGAGAAGCGAAGUACAACGAAUUAACCAUGGCUGUCAGACUUUGAAGGAAAAGAUUAAGGAAAACACAGAGAGAAUCAAGGUGAAUAUUAUUUUUUGUUUUUUUCAUGUUUUAGGUAUAACGUAGAGGCGAAUGCUUUUAACAUAAGUUGGCCAGGUCUAUAUUACACGUAUUGACAUAUGUCCAUGAAGGUUAGAGUUUUCUUUUUUUGAGAAAUGACAAAUUUUAUAUGAUAAUAUCGAUAUUGUUGUAGGUGAACAAAACCUUGCCGUAUUUGGUGUCGAAUGUGAUUGAAUUGUUGGAAUUGGAAGACACUCAAGAAGACGAAGGUGCCAACGUUGAUUUAGAUGCCAGAAAGACUCAAUGUGCUGUGAUCAAGACCUCAACUCGUGCCACUUACUUUCUUCCAGUUGUUGGUCUGGUUGAUCCUAAAGAAUUAAAGCCUGGAGAUCUUGUGGGUGUAAACAAGGACUCAUAUUUGGUGCUGGAGAAGCUGCCAGCCGAAUACGAUAGUCGUGUCAAGGCAAUGGAGGUAGAUGAGCGUCCCACCGAGCAAUACAGUGAUAUUGGUGGAUGUGAUAAGCAGAUUACUGAACUUAUUGAGGCUGUGGUGUUGCCAAUGACUCACAAGGAAAGAUUUGCCAACUUGGGUAUCCAUCCACCAAAGGGUGUGCUUAUGUAUGGUCCGCCUGGUACCGGAAAGACUAUAUUGGCUCGUGCUGUCGCUGCUCAGACCAAGAGUACCUUCUUGAAGCUGGCUGGUAAGGGUUUUGAAGUUUUUGUUGGUUUUUAGGUAUGAAAUGGAUGGUCAGGCUUUUGGAGAGAAUGAACAAUAUUGGUUUGGGCACAAAACGUUAAAAAUUAGCUUUGAAGACCAAGUUUUUACAUAGUUAUUGAUCAAUUUAUAUUGUCCAUGACCAUUUUCAGGUCCCCAACUUGUUCAAAUGUUUAUUGGUGACGGAGCCAAGCUGGUGAGAGAUGCUUUCGCCUUAGCCAAGGAAAAGGCUCCAGCUAUCAUCUUCAUUGAUGAAUUGGAUGCUAUUGGAACGAAACGUUUCGAUUCGGAAAAAGCUGGAGAUCGUGAGGUUCAAAGAACGAUGUUGGAGCUUCUGAAUCAGCUGGAUGGGUUCCAGCCUAACGAUGAUAUUAAAGUUAUUGCCGCCACGAACAGAAUUGACGUGUUGGACCCGGCUUUGCUGAGAUCGGGACGUUUGGACAGAAAAAUUGAACUUCCACAUCCGACAGAAGAGGCCAGAGCUAGAAUUAUGCAGAUUCACUCGAGGAAAAUGAAUGUCCAGUAGGUUUUUGAGGAGAGGAGGGUUUUUGUUUGGUCAUAGAAUUGAUAUAAAGAUCAAUUUAGAGUUUUAAAAUGAAGAAAAUUAUGAAAAACUUCAAUUUUACCUAUAUUAACAUUGAUUUUAACCUAUUUUUAACGUUUAAACGUCAUUUCUUUUCAGCAAAGACGUGAAUUUCGAUGAGCUGAGUCGCUGUACCGAAGACUUUAAUGGAGCCCAAUGUAAAGCGGUCUGUGUGGAAGCUGGUAUGAUCGCAUUACGACGUGACGCGGUGGAGAUCAUGCAUGAAGACUUUAUGGACGCCAUCCUUGAGGUCCAGGCCAAGAAGAAGACGUCCUUGAACUACUAUGCCUAA